AUGGUCAUUCAAGCAAUACGCCUGGUUGAUGGUCCAAACACGUACGAAGGACGGAUAGAAACCUCGAUAAAUGGGAGCUUGGUGACACUAUGCGAUCAUUUCUUUGACAUCAAGGCUUCAAACGUGGCCUGUAUUAUGCUCGGAUACAGUGGAGCAAAAGAGGUAAUUUCUUCAACUCGAUAUGGUGUUGGUCAAAUGCCUUUGUAUACUGGGAGAAUAUCCUGCAAUGGCAACGAAAAGUCAUUGGAACAAUGCGACCUCGAAACAAAUGAAGAUUCACCUUGCAACAACCAACGAAUUGUCGGUGUCAUAUGCAAAGGUGGGCCGAUGAAACUAGAGCCAUUUGCAAAUAAGCCAUAUGAAGGUGUUUUUACAACUUCACAAUACGGUAAAUGGUAUCGCUUCACCGGAAACAUCAGUGAUAUAACAACGAAGACACUCUGCAAUAUGACGGGUUUUAGGCAAGUAUCUGACUACGAUUACAAUAUUGAGGAUGUAAGGUUUAAACAAUUACGGGCGGCAACGCCGAAUCAAGGAGUAUUGGAGUUGUUUAUCGACGGAGAAUUGGGGACACCUUCAGUAGAACUUGGAAUGGUUGAAGCGCAAAUCAUUUGCAAACACUUCGGAUAUUUGUGA